AUGGAGGACCAGCUGCUGUGUUGCGAGGUGGACUCCAUCAGGAGAGCCUACCAGGACGUCAACCUGCUCAACGACCGGGUUCUGCGCACCAUGCUGAAGGCAGAGGAGAACUACCUCCCGUCGCCGAACUACUUCAAGUGUGUUCAGAAAGAAAUUGUGCCCAAAAUGAGGAAAAUAGUUGCCACCUGGAUGUUAGAGGUCUGCGAGGAACAAAAAUGUGAGGAGGAGGUUUUUCCGCUGGCUAUGAACUAUUUGGACAGAUUUUUAUCAGUGGAGGCCACCAGGAAAACAAGACUACAGCUGCUGGGAGCUACAUGCAUGUUUCUAGCAUCCAAGAUGAAGGAGACUGUGCCCUUAACGGCUGAGAAACUCUGUAUCUACACGGACAACUCGGUCCAGCCUGGAGAGCUGCUGCAAAUGGAGCUGCUGGUUCUCAACAAGCUGAAGUGGGACCUGGCUUCAGUCACGCCUCACGACUUCAUCGAGCACUUCCUGUCCAAGCUGAAGAUCUACCCGUCCACAAAGCAAAUCCUCAGGAAACAUGCUCAGACCUUUGUGGCCCUCUGUGCUACAGAUGUCAACUUCAUUGCCAGUCCUCCAUCCAUGGUGGCAGCCGGCAGCGUGGUGGCAGCUGUUCAAGGUCUCUACCUGAAGAGCCAAGAUGCAUCCUUGUCCUCCCAGAACCUCACCAACUUCCUGUCGCAGGUCAUUCGCAGUGACCCGGAUUGCUUGCGGGCCUGUCAGGAGCAGAUAGAGUCUCUGCUGGAGUCCAGCCUGCGGCAGGCUCAGCAGCACAGCAGCACAACGGAAACGAAACUCGUGGACGAAGACGUAGACUUGUCCUGCACUCCAACAGACGUCAGAGAUAUCAACAUCUGAAACAAUUUGACAGCCGCAUUGCACUGAUGAUCGAAGGAAAGUGGUCGACUGAGGGCGGUGACAGGCGGGCCGGGGAGGGGGGUGCCUCAUCUGCCUCCCCUCCUCCCCCUCCCUCUUCCUAGUGGGCUGCUAUCAUGGCCGACAUGUCACUCACUGUCCGCUACAGCUGCCGAGACGGGACCGAGUGCCCGGCAACAAACCCCAAGUCACAUUUCCAGUGUCCCCUCCCAUCCUGGGAAAAGAAAUGAACACUACAGAAAUGUACAAGAGAUAAAAGACAGCGUAUACUGACGCCCUGCGUGGGCGGGGGUCAAAGCCACAAAGCAGACAUUUUAGUAGAUAUCUUUUCUUAUUCCCUCAAAUAUUAAACUAGGAAUCUUUAAAUUACCACAGACUCAACUCACCUACUAAAACAUUCUUGUAAUCUGCCUUCUGGUCUUCACCUAAAAUCUGACUUUGGUUAAGGAGAAGAGUUUUUUUGUUGUUGUUUCAUUUCUCUUCUUUUAUAUGUAGAAUGGUUUAGACUGCCUGUCCAAGCUCCCAUGUUUGUCUUGUUGCAGUGCAGACAUUCAUAUAUCCCUGCUUGCUUAUGUUUAGUCACUUUAUUAUAUAUGAUUUUAGACCUCUUUAUCAGUUAGUCUUAUACCUCUUUUCUUCAGAGCUUUUGUUUUUUAAACCAAGUGUAGUGUGAGAUGACCCUAGUGACUGUGGACUGCUUAGGGUUUGAACAAAUGUGAUUCUUUGUUCAACAUUUCAGCUUGCCGUUGUUUGAUGAGAUCAUAUCAAUGCGCGGCCAAGCAGAACAGUCCAGUCUGUUCUGUUUUCUUUUGUCUGUGUAGUUCAACCUAAACCAUUCCAACGUUGUUUUCUAAAAAAAAAAAGCACUUUUGGUCAGCGCUGCUGGCCGUCUAAAAAAAUCAGUGAUAAAGUUUGUAAAACAAGAUGAAAAUGGAAUGGGGGGUUUGAGCAGGAGUAGUCUUUUGGUGAUGAAGAGUGAGUUGCACCUGGAUCUGAUUCAACAAAUGGGACUAAAGAAAUGACCAGUAGCUGCAGAAAUAUUUAAACAAACAAGACUGAUUGCUGCUCCAUACUGUCAUUAGUCUUACAAGAGCCAGCGGCUUCAGUAGCUGCCUACCAGCUCUGAGUUUUAGUUCAACAAAUGUUUCAUGUGGGCCUAGCUGCUCUUACCUUUUUUUUUUUUUUUUUAAAAGAUAUGGUUGCUUUAGUUAAACCUCAGUGUGCAGAGCCAAAAGUAAAAAGAAGUAUUAUUUUUGUAGAUAAAAUAAUACUUUAUUUUUAUAUAGUAAAAGUUUUUUCUAGUUUGCUAACGAACUGUGGCUCUACCUGCUGAUGUUUAUCAGGCUGCGGGGAUGCUGGAAGUAAGUCUGAGCAUAACAUUUAUGACCAGGAUAAUUUGCACCGUAGUGAAUAGUAAUUAACAACAAUUUAUACACAUUUUGUAUAACUUUUUUUAGUGGAUAAAAUGGAUUUAAAAAAAAAAAAGGUAAAACCACUUUUCAUGUCAUAUAUGCCAGUGUACACAUGCACAUCCCAGUAAAAAAGGAGGAAGUCAUUAUAUGUUGAAAUAUUUUUCUGAACAAAUACUUUUAUUAUGCCAGAGUUUACUACUUCCAGCACCCAUGUCCGGCUCCAGAAAUAUUUGUAAGACUAAAACUCUAGUCUGCUUCUGAGUCACCAGGACCACAUCUUCUCUGUUGCUCGACCUCAGUUCAAAUACUGCUCAUGGAUUCUGGGAAGGGGAUGAAGCUAAAAAAAAGAAAAGAAGUGUUGAGACUAUUGACAUGAUUUUGCACAAAGCUAAAAGACGUGGGCUGCAUUUCUUGCAGACUUUCCUAAAAAAAAGCGAGGGCGCUGAGGGCUGAAAUGGCAGCAAAAAUGGCAAAAAGGGUGAAGGCUCAACAGGGAGGUGUGUCUUAAUGCUGUAGAGUUCAAGUCAGGGUUCCUAUGCAGGGCGGGAAAGUUGUCGUGACCAGGUCGGUAAAUGCUUUAUAUAUGAAGAUGGACUGAUUACAAGCAGGAGGGCUCUCUUCAAAUCUAUUCUGUAAGAAAGUAUUGAAUUCUAUGUCCAACUGCGUAGGAACCCUGUCAAUUAGGUUUCUGAUUGUACAUUAAGGAUAGAGAGUAGGAGAGAAACACUCCUUGUUUUCAGCUGCUAUAGAAAAUAAAUCCCAGCUACGUGUUU